AUGACGAUCCAACUCGGCAACGUUCUUCUCACAAAUGCCAAAGGGGGCAAAUUCAUUCCGCUGCGCGGAGACGGUGGCGAUGCGCCCACGUGGAAGAGCCAGUGGUUGAAAGUGAUUUGGAACCCGUCCAACUACGGCGACCCCGAGGCGGUGCGCGUGUCCAUGUGCCUGGAGCCCGACGACGCCGCCAAGGCCUUCUUCCGCGACACGGAGGAGCGGGUGACCAAGGCGUUGUCGGAGCACUCUCUGCGGGACUCCCGCAUAUUCGGCAAGCCCCUGAAACCCGAGGAGGUGAAGGAGCGAAUGGCCAGCGCUGUCAAGACCAGCACCCGCGGCACGGAGUUCCUCAAGCUGAAGAUGAAUUGGGAGAGAGUGCGGGAACGCACUCUGGCGCUGGGCACUGGAGAAUAUUUCGUUACGACCCGGCUGUGA